AUGUCUGCAGCCAGCUUAUGGCACAUAUCAUCUAUAAAUUACGAGUUCGGAGAGAUAACCAUAAACGAGUAUACGCAAAUGUCAACGAAAAGUGCAGAAAGGCACUUGCCAUCUUUAGGCGAUCAAAGUUUUCGACUUCGAAUACAAUUGCAAUUUAUGGAUUACUGUG